UUUCCUCUCUCUCUCUCUCUCUCUCUCUCUUAUCAGCAAUUCAGAUUGCAUGCAAAUAGGCAGCGUCACUCUCAAAGAGCUGAGUGUGUGCGAGUGUGUGAGGGGGGGCGGAGAGGAGCCUGCUGGUGGUGAAACACAUUCCUUGGGAAAGAAUUUUGCUCCUUUCUUCUCCUCCGGCUGCUUGAGCAGAGUGCAGCCCGAAAAGUAGGCGGCGUGCGUCCGAGGCAGUGUAGAGUGACAGGAGCGCAGAUCCCACUGAACUCGGAGCAAAGUGUAGCGGCCAGUACGGAUUCUAUCAGCACGAGAGAGAGAGAGAGAGAGAGACAGAGUAAAGUCUGUAGAGUUUCUUCACUUUUCAGUUUUUAGGGAUGAUGAGAGGAGCGCUGUGCUUGCUCGGCUGGGCGCUCGUAGCCGGGCUCGCUUUGUGUCCGCGCUACUGCCGGGCGAGCUGCCCCGAGAAAAAGCUGCAGGAGCGCGAAGAGGAAGCGAACGUCGUGCUCACCGGCACCGUGGAAGAAAUCCUCAACAUGGACCCGGUGCACAACACGUACUCCUGCAAGGUGAGGGUAUGGCGCUACCUCAAAGGCAAGACCAUUGUCAAAGGAGACCUACUGCUGGAUGGUGGGAACAAGGUCAUGAUCGGUGGUUUCGGGGACCCAGAUAUCUGCGACAACCAGGUGGCCACCGGAGACACACGUAUCUUCUUCGUCAACCUGGCCCCAGAGUACAUGUGGCCCGUGCACAAAAACGAGCUGAUGCUUAACUCCAGUCUGAUGAGGAUUACACUGCGCAACUUGGAGGAGGUCGAACUUUGUGUUGAAGAUCAUACUACCCACUGUAUAUCAGACAAACCUGGCACCCCCCCACACGUCCCACCUCCUGAUGGCUGCCGGGGAAAGCUUUGUGGCUUCGGCGCAACGUGUCAAAGAGACUCAGCCGACCCCUCGAAAGGAGAGUGUGUGUGCAAGAAGAUGGUGUGUCCUUCUGUGGUGGCGCCUGUGUGCGGCUCGGACUCCUCCACCUACUCCAACGAGUGUGAGCUGGAAAAGGCUCAGUGCAACACUCAGAGACGCAUCAAGGUGAUGCGCAAGGGCCAGUGUUCUCUGAAGGACCCAUGCAGCGAGGUGACGUGUAGCUACGGCAGCACCUGCAUUCAAUCUUCUGACGGCCUCUCCGCUAAGUGCAUGUGUCCUCUGAGCUGUGAUCAUGUGCCCAAGGUUACAGUGUGCGGCAGUGAUGGCUUGGACUACCCCAGCGAGUGUGCCCUCAACAUGAAGGCCUGCUCCACCAACAAGAACAUCCGCCUCCAGCACAUCGGCUCCUGUGAUCCAUGCCGUAUGCACCAGAACAGCCUCAACAUAAUAUGCGUGUAUGACGCACAGACCCAAAAGACUCAGACCCUGGCCCCGCCAUCGGCAUGUCCAUCGGGCCCCGAGCCACUGUGUGCCAGCGACGGAAGCAACUACAACAGCGAGUGCCAGAUGAAGCGCACGGCCCUGCAGAAGGAGCGCCAGCUGACGAAGGUUCACUCAGGGCCCUGCAAGAAGCAAGAGGAGUGCCAGGAAGAUUGUAAAUUCAGCGCCGUGUGCUUGUUGGAGCACGGAAGGGCGCGCUGCUCCUGCGAGCCAAUCCGCUGUGACGGCACUUACACUCCUGUGUGUGGUAACGACGGCCACACGUACCCUAACGAUUGUGAGAGGAGGCGUGCCGAGUGCCUCACCCAAACCACCAUCCACAUCAAACAGCAAGGGCCCUGUGAUCUGAACGCGCCGAGCCCAUGUCUGAAGAUGACGUGCGAGUUCGGGAGCUCGUGCGUGGUGAAGAACGGCGAGGCAGUGUGUGAGUGCUUGGAUACGUGCCUCCAAGCCUCUGACCCCGUGUGUGGCAGUGACGGGCAAACCUACACCAGCCAGUGCCAGAUGAAUGCCAUCGGUUGCACCCUGCAAAAACACAUCCAAAUAAAGCACAAAGGACCUUGUGAUAAAGCCUGCACAAACUGCUCGUUCGGUGCUAUCUGUGACGAGCAGACCCGCCGCUGCGUCUGUCCAAAGGAGUGUGUGGUCUCCAACCAGCCCGUGUGUGGCAGCGACGGCACCACUUACAUGAACGAGUGCGAGCUGCACGUACGCGCCUGUACCGAGCAGCUAGACCUGCAUGUGGUGGUGCAGGGAGAAUGCAAGACCUGUGGCAGCACUGUGUGUAGUUGGGGUGCCCGCUGUGUCCAGAAUAAGUGUGAGUGCCCUCAGUGUGCGGGUCAGCCCACUGCAGAGGUAUGCGGCACUGACAGCAUUACCUACACCAACGAGUGUGAACUGCGCUCGGCAUCCUGUAAGCAGAAGAAGGACAUAGAAGUGGCGAGGUCUGGCAGCUGUGACGAAGAUUGCGGGUCUGGAGGCUCAGGAUCCGGGGUGGAGGCCUGCGAACAGGAGCGCUGUCGGAGAUUUGGUGGCUCGUGGGACGAGGACAGGGAGGAUGACGGCUGUGUGUGCGACUUCACUUGCCAGAACGUGCCUCACAUCGAGGUCUGUGGGACAGAUGGGAAAAACUACAGCAAUGAGUGUGAGCUAAAGAAGACUAGGUGUGAGAAGCGGGUCGAUCUGCUGCUUCAGAAUCAAGGCCCAUGUACAGCUAUUGAAAAACAUAUGUCUGAUAUGAUCACCGUGACGCACUGCAGCGGGACUGUGUACGGAUGUUGUAAAGACAACAAGACUGCUGCGCUGGGUGUCGAAAUGGCGGGAUGUCCCAGUAAGUGUCACUGUAACCAGUACGGCUCGUACGGAGGAAUGUGUGACCCCAGCACAGGCCAGUGCUCCUGCAAGCCCGGAGUCGGGGGUCUCAAGUGCGACCGCUGCGAACCCGGCUUCUGGAACUUCCGCGGCAUCGUGACAGAGAAAGCGAGCGGCUGUACACCGUGUAACUGUGAUGCAGUGGGCUCAGUGAGGGAUGACUGCGAGCAGAUGACAGGCCUCUGCUCCUGUAAGACCGGAGUGAAGGGCAUGAAGUGUGACGUUUGCCCCAACGGAAGCAAGAUGGCCGCCAACGGCUGUGACAGAGGUCCCCAGACGUCGUGUGCCGAGCUGCAGUGCCUCUAUGGAGCGUCAUGUGUGGAGGUCAACGGGCAGGUUCACUGCGAGUGUCCGUCUCCUGACUGCGACCAGAUGAACAAGAGCAAGGUCUGUGGCACGGACGGUGUGACCUACGCUGACUAUUGCCAGUUGAGGACUAUUGCCUGUCGACAGGAUAAGGAAAUUACUGUGGAUCACGUGGGCCAGUGCACAGAAUCCAUCUCUGUGCUGGGGGUCAAGCCCACCCCCCUGGCCAUCACUCCACACGCCACUCCCACUGCACCCGUCAAGGUCACCCCGACACACCAUGGCCUCACCACCACCCCAUUCGACUACGACGAGGAGGACGGCACAAAGUAUAUAUUGGAAGUUGCUCCUCCGGCUCUGGAGUCAUCCACGCCUUUCCCCACCCACAGCCCCCCAACCACUCCUCACCAUCCACCCCGCUCCCCAUCACCCUCCUCCGGCUUUGAGGAUUCAGGCAGUGGGGAGCCCAGUGGGGAUGACGACACGGAGGGUAGCGCAGUGGAAGCGAGCGGAGACGAGCUUGUCGGUCCCACUGUAGCAGCCACCACUCUCCCAACAGGUGAAGUACGUUCAUCCUGCGAUAACACACCUUUCGGUUGCUGCCCCGAUGGCAAGACCAUUGCUAUCACCCCAGAUGGAACCAACUGCCCAUCCACCAUGCGCUUUACCGGCGUCCUGCACCUGGACCAGGUAGAGGGUCAGGAGGUCUUUUACACACCAGAGUUGGAUGACCCCAAAUCAGAGCUGUUCGGUGAGACAGCUCGCAGCAUCGAGAGUGCUCUUAAUGAGCUGUUCCGCAAGUCUGACGUACGGAAAGAUUUCCAGAGUGUCCGAGUGAAAAAUCUGGCUCCCAGCAACUCCAUCAUGGCUAUAGUAGAGGCUCACUUUGACCCAGACACUAGAUUUACAGUCGAGGAUGUCGGGGAUGCGUUGCUGAAACAGCUUAAGACAGCUAAAGAACCUGGCAUUGUAGUGAAACAGCCUGAGGAGGAAUAUAUUCGUUUCAACACUUAUGGUAUCUCUGUCCGUCCAUUCUUCACCACCACUGCUACCACUGUUGCCACCGCCACACCCACUAUCGCGACCACCACCACUACCAGAAGCACCAUGCCCCCUACCACUGCGUCCAUCACGGCACACCAGCCAACCACCACAAGACGGCCCUACAGCACCCGCAGAACCUCCACAGCCGCCCCGAUCACCAGCACCCCUACACAGCCCACAACCACUUCUGCCAGCACCACCACCGUUCUGUCCUUCCAGACCCAGCCCGUCGUCAAAGUCCACAGGCCAUGCGACUCACAACCCUGCGGCCACGGAGGCACGUGUGAGGAGGACGGUGACGAUUUCAUCUGCACCUGUCCUGCUGGAAGAGGGGGAGCCGUGUGUGAGAAAGCGAUAAAGUUUUUCAUACCAUCCUUUGGCGGCAAAUCGUACCUGGCCUUCCCAACCAUGAAAGCUUACCACACCGUGCGUAUUGCCAUGGAGUUCAGAGCCUCGGACACAACAGGUAUACUCCUCUACAACGGCCAGAAUGGCAGGAAGGACUUCCUCUCUUUGGCUUUGGUGGAAGGAAAGGUGGAGCUCAGGUUUAACACAGGUUCUGGAACAUGCUCGGUGGUCAGCACCGUCACAGUAAAACCUGGUCAAUGGCAUCAAUUAGUGGUAAGCCGUAACAGACGCAAUGGUUCACUCAGUGUCGAUAAUGAGAAGCCGGUUGAAGGCCAGAGCCCAGCAGGUACUGACGGACUCAACCUGGACACUGAUCUUUUAAUCGGUGGGGUGCUUGAAGAGAUGAUCCAAGAUGUGAAGGAGAGGACCUCUGUCUCCACCGGUUUGACCGGCUGUAUCCGCCUCCUGGAUGUCAACAACAUGGUGUACAACCUUCAGGAGAACGGGGGCAAUGUAGUGUACGGCAAAGCCGUCGGUGAAUGCGGUAACAACCCCUGUGUGCCCAACCCCUGCAAACACGGAGCCUUGUGUCAGGUGAAAGGGGCUGAGAUGUUCCACUGCAAGUGCAUCAAUGGUUUCUCAGGUCCAACUUGCGCCGAUUCGCACAACCCGUGUGAGCCGAACCCGUGCCACCCUUCUGCUCCGUGCCACGUGCUUCCAGAGGGAGGCUACAAAUGCGAGUGCCCCAUGGGCCGCGAAGGCAAGCACUGCAGAAAACUAUCUGACAAGAGGGGGGCCUACAUUCCUUUCUUCAGUGGCGACUCCUACCUCGAGCUGAAGGGCCUCCAUUUAUACGGUCACGAUCUGAGGCAAAAGGUCAGCAUGACUGUGGUCCUGCUGGCUAAUGAUUCAAACGGCAUGAUCUUCUACAAUGGCCAGAAGACAGAUAGCAAGGGCGAUUUCAUCUCUCUUGCAUUGAACGAUGGCAUCCUAGAGUUUCGAUAUGAUCUGGGCAAAGGGCCAGCUGUCAUUAGGAGUAAAGAGAAGCUCAAGCUGAAUGUGUGGAACACGGUGAAUCUGGAGCGAGCAAACCGUAAGGGAGAAAUCACUAUUAACGGCAAAGACCCGGUCAGAGGAGAGGCUCCGAACCAGCACACAGAUCUCAAUCUGAAGGAAUCCCUUUAUGUGGGCGGAGCUCCGGAUUUCCGUAAACUGGCCAGACCAGCAUCAAUUAAAGCUGGAUUUAAAGGAGCCAUCCAGAAGAUUACUUUGAGGGGCACGCCGAUCCUGAAGCCCGAUAACGCACUGAACUCCAGCGAUGUGUCCAUGUACACACACCACCCUUGUUCCACAUACGUGUGCGAGAACGGUGGCGAGUGCAACCCGCUGCUCGAGAGCUACGAGUGUGUGUGUCCAUUCGGCUUCACGGGACCCAAGUGCCAGCACACUACCUACGAGAAAGCAGCCGGGGAGUCCGAGUCCAUUGCUUUUGACGGCCGAACCUUUAUCGAAUAUCACAACGGCGUCACCAAGAGUGAGAAGGCCUUGCUGGUGAACAAGUUUGAGCUGAGCAUCAAAACUGAGGCCACUCAAGGUCUCCUCCUGUGGAGUGGGAAGGGCGUGGAGCGUUCUGACUACAUCGCGCUGGCCAUCGUGGAUGGACGUGUCCAGAUGACCUACGACCUCGGCUCCAAACCGGUUGUCCUGCGAUCAUCAGUGCGGGUCAACACCAACCACUGGAUCCGCAUUAAAGCCAGCAGGGCACUGAGGGACGGAUCUUUGCAAGUUGGCAAUGAGGCAGCAGUAACAGGCUCCUCACCUCUGGCUGCCACUCAGCUGGAUACAGACGGUGCCCUUUGGCUGGGUGGUCUUGAGGAUAUGGCUGUGGCCCGCCGCCUUCCCAAGGCCUACAGCACUGGCUUUGUGGGCUGCGUAAAAGACGUGAUCGUAGACGGCGUGGAUUUGCAUCUAGUGGAAGACGCCUUAAACAGCCCGAAAAUAUUACACUGUUCAGCCAAAUAGCCUGGCACCACCUCCCUCCCAACACCAUGUCUACUGCUGUAAUUAUUUUCUAUUUUUGUAUACUUUUCAUUGCUUUUUAUAUUGGAAAAAAAA